AUGACUGGCGCGCACACACUUCCGAAGGACUUUACCUUCUUCUCCCCGACCGAGUCUGAACCGAGGACCCCAGAUCGUCCUCUUCGCGAUCUCUCUCAUCCACCACGGCCUCACCACGCCUCUCAUCGCGUCAGGAGACGGCGCAUGGAGCGGAAACCCAUCCCCUUCUGCGCGCCAGAUGUGCCUUUACCCUCCAUCGAGCUAUCGCGUAUCUCGCCUGCCGAAUCCGCUAGCGAUUCCCAAUCUAACAGCACCCCAGCCUACAUCUUCGAGGGCUGCGCUGGCUAUCUUGAUGUGCCACGACGGCAGAGAACCGACCCCAAAACACCACCAGCCCAGAUUCGUGACCUAGCCUCUCAAUCGUUUGAGAAUGGUGCCGUGGAUGGGACAACAACUCCUGUUGGCGCAUCCAUUACCAGGCCUUCUUCUGCCUGCUCGCAUGCCUCGGAUUCUUCCUUCUCUUCCACCUCAGCCGCGUCCUUUGACUCGUUUGAUUCAUUUAUCUCCUUUGGCGGUAGCUGCACCAGCCCCGAGACUGAGAUAGAUGACCCUUUCCUCGCGGUCAGCCUGCCAGAUAACAAGCAAAACCUGGACACUCCGUCGAAGUCCGUCAAGAACACGCCCGUUAUCCCAGCUAACCUCAGCCAGAACCAGCGAUGGACCUCGGAGAUGGACCAACAUCUCUGGAAUACCUACCAGACUCAUCUCCAGGAUCCCACCAUUACCCCAUUCAAGAUGUUGCCUGGUAGUUUGCCACCCCUUGGAGUCUCCCACCGGGUCGCAAGAGAGGCACGCAGGGCUUGGAUGAAAACAAAACAGCAGCAGGAGCAGCAGCCCCCGUCACAGUCACAGUCACAGUCUCAGUCCCAAUCCCAGCCUUCCCAGUCCCUCCCUUCUCAGCCACCAGAAACUACCAGUUCUGCGAGCAGAAAUACACCACAGUGGCCUCGCUCAGAUGCUGUCACCCGGCGGAGACUAAAGGAGCUAUGCAAAAGAAAAUACUCUAUUGCUCCUCACUAUCAACGACUCUUGGAGUCUCGAAGUCCGUCCCCUCCUCCAGACCUGCUAGACAGCUACACUGCCACUGCUGCUACUCCUGUUUCCGUCCCUUUCACCAGAGACCUCGGUAUCUCUCUUGUCUCCGGAACAAUGCCCAGCGACCCCCCGGAGGCUGCUUCAACUCCCAACAUCGUCUCCAACACGGUUAACUCUAUGGCAGCAACAGCUCACCACGAUGACAUCCCACGUCUCGGCUCACCCUUUAUGUAUCAUACCUGGGGGCCUUCAAAUUCUCGUCGCGUUUCGCAAGCAGAUACAACUCCUGUCAAGCCUGCUGUUGAUGCACACGAUACAGUCCAUGUCACUGGUUCCCGCCUACGUUCGGGAAUUGCGCCUGACCUAUUCACUCCCACCAACAACAAUCAACGUCUGCCAGAGGCAACAGUCCCGGCUGAUGCCAAAGACCAAACUUCAGCCCGUGUCCGCAUUCGUACGCGCACCAGAGGCCUCACGACAAACAGCAGUAGCAAUUCUCACAGCAACAACAUGCUCAACGUAAAUUCGCGGCACAGACUGAUUCAGCUUUUCACUCCUCCAUCCGGCUCGGGUUCUAACGAAACCGACGGCUUGCCUUCACAUAGCCAGACUCACAGCCCAGAAGUUGAAGGAGAGCGGAUCAAACGUCUGGGAUCUCCCUUCAACCUUGAUCUCCCCGCAAGCAAACGGCCGCAGCCGCACCCGCGACAAUACCAUCGUCCUCGCCAUGCACCGUCUCGCUCCGACACUUUUCUCAUGCAUCCGACACUAAACACCCAGGGACAGCCGUUUUUCUCCACCCUCUCCUCUGCUGCAGAUAUAGAUGUCCCUGAUACGGAACGCGCACCAGCUCCAGUCACAGCGUUGCACUCGCCAGAGGCAUAG